UUAGUCAGCCCGCAUGCUUUACCAUUCCAAAUUUCUCCCUUCCCCAAUCAGAGAGAGAGAGUGCAAAGCUUCUCCCAAAAUCUCAACAGCCUGAGCCUGCAGCCAACGCCCAACCCCAACGGAACGGAAAAUAAAUCCCCAUUGGCUGAUUUCUGUUGGCUUUUUGCUGCUAACACUAGCCACUCCAGCCGCUAAGCCGACUUCUAGCCUUCAAUUUCAAAGUUACGUAAUGGAACGGUACUAUAAGAAACAAUGCUUAAAUCCUCCUUCAAACAUUUCGGGUAGUCCUUCUCCUUCAAAUAUUCUAAGUAGUCAUCCUCCUCCUCCUUCAAAUAUAAGAAGUCCUCCUUUGAAUAUUCUGAGUAGUUCACAACAAAGUGAGCCCACUGAGUUGGAUGAGAUAUUGGCUAAUCUUCAUGCAGACCCUGGAUAUAGACGUCGAAUGCUUGAUUAUCCACCUAAUUAUCGUGAAGCAAUUCGUAGACACUAUCUCCAAAAUGAUCCUUGUCAACCUAGAGACCACAUUAUGCCAAGAAAAGUUAGCAACAAAAGAUGUUUUAUCACCGGUUGGUUUGAUAGGUUUAAGUGGUUGGAGUAUAGUAUAUCAAAGGAUGCUGCAUUUUGUCGUUAUUGCUAUCUUUUCAAAUGUGAUUUUGAUCAAAUGGGUGGCACUGGAAAUGAUGUCUUCACUGAGAAAGGGUUUACAAAUUGGAGGAAAGGACCCGAAAAUCUUCGAGCCCAUGAGGGAGGUGUUGGAAGUCUUCAUAAUAAAACUGUACAACAAGCUAGAGAUUUGAUGACACAAAAACAACACAUUGAAACAUUUGUGAUUAAGCAAACCGAUGAAGCUCGCAAUAAUUAUCAUACUUUAUUGAGUGCCUCACUUGAGUGCACAAGAUGGUUGUUGGGACAAGGUUUGCCUUUUCGUGGUCACGAUGAAUCGUUGAAAUCAAGCAAUAGAGGUAAUUAUUUGGAGCUUAUGCACUUUCUUUCCAAGCAUAAUGAGCAAGUUAGGAAGGUUGUGUUUGAGAAUGCUCCCAAGAAUCUUAAGUAUACUUCUUCUGAUAUUCAAAAAGAUCUUGUCCGUGCUUGUGCCAUUGAAACUAUAAAUGCAAUCACUAAAGAUAUGGAAGGUGAUUUUUUUUCUCUUUUGGUUGAUGGAUCACGUGACUCUUCAACUAAAGAGCAAAUGGCGGUGGUAUUGUGUUAUGUGAACAAAAAAGGAGAAGCAAUUGAAAAGUUUUUGGGUGUGCAACAUGUCUUCUCUACAACUAGUAGCUCGCUUGAAGAGGCUAUUGAGAGAUUCUUUGCUACAACAAAUUUGAGUAUGUCCAAGUUACGAGGACAGAGCUAUGAUGGAGCUAGUAAUAUGAAAGCUCUUGUAGCCGUUACAAAGGGAAUUGAGGGGGUGUCGCCAUUUUCUUCAACAAUGCUAGUAUUUUGGUCAAUACAAUUGGAUUAUCGUGUAAGCGUCGUGAUGCAUUUAGAGAGAUACAACAAGAACAAAUUAAGAAAGCUCUUGAUAUUGGUUAUCUUGAAACGGGUAUAG